AUGCUGUUUCAGGAGGCAUCUUUCAUCGAUCGGCUGAAGCGCGCGCGUGCUGCUGGAUUCGCUGCGGUGGAGAUGUCUACCCCGGAGCUCUUCAACCACCCUGCACAGGAGGUGGCCUCUGCACUGCAGAAGGAGGGCCUUGAAUGUGUGCUCUUCAACAUGCCGGCCGGGGACUGGAACGCCGGGGAGCGCGGGCUGGCGGCGCUGCAGCGUGCCGAGGACUUCGAGCGCUCCCUGGAGGUCACCGCGGACUACGCGGCGAGGCUCAAAUGCCCGCGGGUGCACUGCUUGGCUGGGCUGACCUCGGAGCGCGAUUCGAGCGAUGCGAUCUACCGACAGAACCUGGAACGUGCGGUGAGGGUUCUGGGCAGCAUCGGCGUCGAGGUGGUCAUCGAACCCAUAAACCAACGCAGCAUGCCGGGCUAUCAUCUGAGCUCCCUCCCGCAUGCCGCGGCCACAAUCGAGGCAGUGUCUGAAAAUCUUCCUCCAGAGCUUCGUGGCAGCCUGAAGCUUCUUUUCGACUUCUUCCACUGCCAGAUCAUGCACGGUGACCUUACCAUGAACCUCCGAAAGUAUGCGGACCUCAUCGGCCAUGUUCAAGUUGCAGGAGUCCCAGACAGAGCAGAACCGGACAACAGGCAGGAAGUAAACUUCCCACCGCUGUUUCAGCUUCUCCGACAUGAGCUCGCCUACACUGGACACAUUGGCUUGGAGUACCACCCACGCCGCAGCACGGAAGAGGGCUUGGGAUGGCUGGAGCGGCUGACGGAGUAG